UUCAAUCAGGCACUGAGUGGUUUCUCGGAUCAUGUCUGGUGGUUCUACAGAUUAUAACAGAGAACAUGGAGGCCCAGAGGGAAUGGACCCCGAUGGUGUCAUCGAGAGCAACUGGAAUGAGAUUGUUGAUAACUUUGAUGAUAUGAAUUUAAAGGAAUCACUUCUUCAGGGCAUCUAUGCUUACGGUUUUGAGAAGCCUUCAGCUAUUCAGCAAAGAGCUAUUAUCCCUUGUAUCAAAGGAUAUAAUGUGAUUGCUCAGCCUCAGUCAGGUACUGGCAAGACAGCCACAUUUGCUAUUUCCAUCCUGCAACAGUUGGAGAUUGAGUUCAAGGAGACCCAAGCACUAGUAUUGGCCCCCACCAGAGAACUGGCUCAACAGAUCCAAAAGGUAAUUCUGGCACUUGGAGAUUAUAUGGGAGCAACUUGCCACGCCUGCAUUGGUGGAACAAAUGUUCAGAAUGAAAUGCAAAAACUGCAGGCUGAAGCACCACACAUUGUUGUUGGAACACCAGGGAGAGUAUUUGAUAUGUUAAACAGAAGAUACCUUUCUCCAAAAUGGAUCAAAAUGUUUGUUUUGGAUGAAGCAGAUGAAAUGUUGAGCUGAGGGUUUAAGGAUCAAAUCUAUGAGAUUUUCCAAAAACUAAAUACAAGUAUUCAGGUUGUGUUGCUUUCUGCCACAAUGCCAACUGAUGUGUUGGAAGUGACCAAAAAAUUCAUGAGAGAUCCAAUUCGGAUUCUGGUGAAGAAAGAAGAACUGACCCUUGAAGGAAUCAAACAGUUCUACAUUAAUGUUGAAAGAGAGGAAUGGAAAUUGGAUACACUUUGUGAUUUGUAUGAGACACUCACCAUUAUGCAGGCUGUUAUUUUUCUCAAUACAAGGCGCAAAGUGGAUUGGCUUACUGAGAAAAUGCAUGCCAGGGACUUCACAGUUUCUGCUCUGCAUGGUGAAAUGGAUCAGAAAGAGAGAGAUGUUAUCAUGAGGGAAUUCCGAUCAGGGUCCAGCCGUGUUCUGAUCACUACUGACUUGUUGGCUCGUGGACAAGUGUCUUUGGUUAUAAACUAUGAUCUACCUACCAAUCGUGAAAACUACAUGCACAUAACUGGCAGAGGGGGUCAAUUUGGGAGGAAAGGUGUGGCUAUAAACUUUGUUACUGAAGAAGACGAGAGGAUUCUUUGUGACAUUGAGACUUUCUACAAUACUACAGUGGAGGAAAUGCCCAUGAAUGUGGCCGACCUUAUUUAAUUCCUGGGAUGAGAGUUUCGAAUGCAGUGUUCGCUGUUGCUGAAUAGGCAAUCACAAAGUGCAUUGUGCUGCUUUGGGAAUUUUUGAAUCUUGUCUCAAUGCUCAUAACGGAUCAGAAAUACAGAUUUUGAUAGCAAAGCGACAUUAGUCAUGAGCUCUCGUGAGGAAAGUCAUUGGCUUUAUCCUCUUUAGAGUUAGACUGUUGGGGUGGGUAUAAAAAGAUGGGGUCUGUAAAACCUUUCUUUCUUAGAAAUUUAUUUCCUAGUUCUGUGGAAAUGGUUGUAUUAGAUGUUCUCUAUCAUUUAAUAAUAUAUUGUGGACUAAAAGAUAUAAGUGCUGUAUAAAAUCAGCCAAUUAUGUUAAACUAGCAUAUCUGCCUUUAUUAUGUUUGUCUUUAGCCUGGAUAGAAAGGCCUUUAAAAUUGAUUUUUUUAAAGGAAGCAUUUGAAUGCAUUUUGUUUUGGUAUUGUAUUUAUUCAAUAAAGUAUUUAAUUAGUGCUAAGUGUGAACUGGACCCUGUUGCUAAACCCCAGCAAGCAAUCAUAUUCUAGGUAGGGUUAAACCCCCAGUAAAAUUGCCAUAUUGCACAUGUCUCAAUGAAGUUUGAAUAUUAAAUAAAUUGUAUAUUCACUUUAAAAAAAGAAA